UUUUCCAUUGGAGAUUUAACAUUUCGGCCAAUGCAAGACGAGUACAACUCUCCCUCUCCACUGGGGUACUGACUGAUCAGAGUUUGGUGUUUGUGUGACGUCAGUGUCAGCUGGUCAAUGUUUACGUCCAGAAUUGUGGCGACAUCUAUUGAAUGUUUAUGGGGGAAAACGAGAAGAGCGCUUCGUUGACGACAUCAACAGAGACAAAGCGAGUCCGUGAGGAUGGGAGGAGCUGUGAGUGCGGGGGAGGAUAACAAUGAGUUGAUUGACAACCUGAAGGAGGCUCAGUACAUUCGCUCGGACCUGGUGGAGCAGGCCUUUAGGGCCAUCGACAGGGCCGACUACUAUCUGGAAGAGUUCAGAGACAGUGCCUACAAGGACCUGGCCUGGAGGCACGGCAACAUCCACCUCUCAGCACCCUGCAUCUACUCCGAGGUGAUGGAGGCCUUGGAUCUCCAGCCUGGCCUGUCCUUCCUCAAUCUGGGCAGUGGUACAGGCUACCUCAGCACUAUGGUGGGACUCAUACUGGGUCCAUUUGGAGUGAACCAUGGGGUGGAGCUGCACCAAGAUGUCAUUGAGUAUGCAUACCAGAAACUGGAGUUUUUCAUCAAGACCAGCGACAGCUUCGACAGGUUUGAGUUCUGUGAGCCCUGCUUCGUGAUGGGGAACUGUCUGGAGAUAGCCCCAGAGAGUGGUCCGUAUGACCGGGUGUAUUGUGGAGCUGGGGUGCAGCGGGAGCAGGAAGACUACAUGAAGAACCUGCUCAAAGUGGAGGGAAUCCUAGUGCUGCCAUUGGAGGAGAAGUUGACCAAGAUCACUCGAACAGGCUACAACAGCUGGGAGACCAAAAACAUCAUUGCUGUGUCCUUUGCCCCACUGGUGUUGCCCAAACACAGAGAUAACAGUAAACCCAAAGCAGUGCCUUUACCGACCAUGUUUGAGGUGCGGACUCUGCAGGACUUGGCUCGCAUCUUUAUCCGUCUGACGUUAAAGAAGACAGUGGUGGGGCCAGGGCCCUUGCCCAGGGGGUUGGCCCACAACGGCGAGCGGCUCCGGCAGGCCCAACACUGUGGCUCCACCCUGCUCUCCAACCGCUACGUAUUCAUGAGCCGCCUCAUCCCCGGGCCGAUGGACGACGACAACAACCGCUCAGACGCAGAAGAGGAGGAAGAAGAAGGGAACUGCAGGAUUCGAGGAGAACCUGAGGAAGAGGAGGAGCAGGAGGAAGAGGGGGAGGAGAGUAGGGAGGGCGGUGCCCUUCUACAUGAGGCUCCAGUGAACCUGCUCAGAGAAAGGAUCCUGAGCCUGCCGCUCCCUGAGCCUCUGAAGAUGUACAUGCUCCACUACAGAGAGAAGUAGGGAGGUACAGGAGACAAGAAGCUGUGCUCCCAUUCUCUAACUUGUUCCCAUCCCUAUGCUCUUGAUUCCCCUUUCUGGAUACAAAAGUAAUUAAUGUGUAAGAAAUAGGCUGAUCACUCCACAGGAAUGACUAAAAUGAGUUCCCAUCCGAAUUCAAAAUGUAAGCCCUAGAAACUUCAUGUUGAAGUGAAUAACUAGAAGAAUUGGAUAAGUAGAAGCAAUAUGGUAAUAGCUUCAUCUCCCCCUUCCCCGAUAGCCCAGGUACGCCUAUCUAAUCUACGGAGGUGCCUGAGGGGUAGAGGUUGAGUUUGGAAAAACAAGGAUUUAGGGAUUGGGAGCAUCCUUAGGGUCACCCCUACCCCCAGAAGCCCUCACCACCACCACCAGCCCCCUAGGGACUAUUCCAACAACUCCUCUGAACACUAGAAAACUAGCCUCAUCCCACUCAAUGCCCCACCCAUGAACUUUAUCUCCCCCUCUUUUUGGGGUAUCUUGUCUUGUGCCUGACACUGGCACCCAGUCUCGAAGACCUUCUUUCCUCCCUCUUUGAAUUUUGUAAAUGUGAUUUUUCUGAGAAUGAUGAUUUUGACUGUGACCGAACAAUUCAGGGGAGAUUUUGAGAUCAACUUACAAGAACUGAAAGCCCCAAAUGGUGUGGAAACAUUUGCUCAUUCUGUGUUCACAUCUGUAAGAUCUUCUCUGCAUUGAAUAUACUUGUUGAGAGCAGGGGUGACAAAUAAAAGUAGUUUAACUGAA